AUGGGUUUUGGUGUUUCUGCUGCUAUUUUGCUAAACUCUGGGGUUUUCAAGGCAAUGGGUCGAGGUAGAGGAAAGGGUAAGAAGUUGACUGUACUUGACCCUGAUGAUCCAGGAAGUGAUGAGGAAGAAAAGAUCCCCACACAGAAGAGGAGAGGAAGGCCACAAAAAUCACUCAAAGAUGACAUUGAUGAAGAAGCAGUUGAGAUGAUUGAAGAAGAAGAUUCUGAGAGUGAAAAACUUGGAAUUCAAAACUUGGAGAUAAAAGGUUCUGCAACAGAAAAUGGGAAGAAGAGGAGACGGAAUACUCGGGUGAAAGAAAAGCAUGAUUCAGUAAAAGAGGAAAAUGGUAAUGGAACAAGAUCAAGCACUGAUGAAUCUGCUAGGUCCAAUAAUGUUUUCCGUCAUAGGCGGAAAAACAAGCCUUGCCGUGCUGCAGAAGCUGGUGUUAAGUGCAACUGA